AUGGCCGGGUUCAGCUACACGGCGCCCUGGUGGGUGAACCUCCUGCACCGGCUGCCGCACUUCAGCCUGCGCUGGGAGCCCACCAGUGGCCAGUUCCGGCCCAAGGACCCCGACUGCCAGCGAGCAGUGCUGCUGCUCGGGGCCGCCGCGCUGGCCUGCCUCACCCUGAACCUCCUCUUCCUGCUCCUCUACUCCUUCUGGCUGCUCUGCCGGCGGCGCGGGAACGAGGAGCACCUGGACACCGACUGCUGCUGCACCGCCUGGUGCGUGGUCAUCGUCACGCUGGUGUGCAGCGCCGGCAUCGCCAUGGGUUUCUGUGGCAACGGGGAGACCAGCGACGGCAUCCAUUGGGCCACCUACUCGCUCCGCCAUGCCAACCGCACGGUGGCGGGGGUGCAGGACCGCAUGUGGGACACCGAGGCUGCCCUGAGCCUCACGGCGGAGCCGUGAUGCCGUGAUGGAGCGUGGGCCCGAGCAGCAGGCAGAGCCCGGACCAGGCCGGCGUCCGGGACCGUGGGGCCGGGCUGCUCGUAGCGGAGGCGACGGAGACACCCAGCGGCUGAGAGGCCUCCUCCCAGCCCUCCCGGGCGGCCCAGGCGCAGCGAUCCCCCGUGGGGAUCCCCCACGACAUCCAGACCCAGAGCACCCCAGGAAAGCGGAGGGAGGCCUCCAGAGCCAACACAGAACGACUCCCCCGCCGGGGACGGCGAGGACUUCCUCCGUGUUCAGUGGAAGGGUGAGAUCUCGGACCUGCGGACACACGCCCCCGCCCUUCCCUGCGUUCUCGGUGGGGGGCGGCGGGGACUGCGCCCUCCAUCUUGCCCUGGGUCCUCCACUUUUGGGCAGGGCCAUGUGCUCAGCAGGGGCUUCUUCCCGGAGGAGGCCUCUGCUAGCCACACCCAGGAUUUCUCUGGACUGACCGGUGAUGGUCGGGGGAGGUGCGCGCCAUCACUAUGACCGCAUCCUGUGUGGUGAGACGCCGACUCACGCCUGGCCUAACUCCUCUUCACACCGGGCUAGGCCUCUCUCUGCCACUUGCUGCUGCGUCAGUAAGGAGGGUAGGGGAGCUCGAGCUAGCUCAA